AUGGUCAAGACAAUUCCCUUCGGCGAUAUCAAGGUCGCUAAUCCGGGCUUCGGUGCUAUGGGAUUAAGCUUUGGCUUGGGAAGUAAUCUCAGCCUGGAGGAAGCUGAGCCAGUCCUUCUUAAGGCCAUUGAAUUGGGAUGUACAUUCUGGGAUACUGCUGUUGUUUACGCAGCGGGUGUUAACGAGAAACUGCUCGGAGACUUCAUUAGAAAGCACAACGUUCGUGAUAAAGUCUUCAUUGCAUCAAAAUGUGGCUUUGAUUGCAUGGGGAAAGCUGAAGGUGGACUCGGGGGAGUCACUAAUUCUGCUUCUCAUAUUAAGGAGUAUAUUGAGGGCACCAUUGAGAGACUCGGCUUCACACCAGACCUCUACUAUUUGCAUCGAAUUGAUCCUAAUACGCCUUUAGAAGAGUCUAUCCCAGCUCUCGAUGAGAUUCGUAAAGCGGGAAAAACCAAGUUCAUCGGCCUUUCUGAAUGUUCUGCUGCCACUUUGCGCAAAGCAAAUUCUAUUGCGAAAAUUGAUGCUCUCCAGGCAGAGUAUUCUGCUUUUGAGACUAUUCACGAGACAGAUGAAUUGACAGAAGCUGCAAAAGAGUUGGGAAUUGCCUACGUUGCCUACAGCCCACUAGGUCACGGAUGGCUUGUGGACGACUUUCCAUUCAAGACUCCCGAUGAUUUUCCUAAGGGCGAUUUCCGUCGAAGCAGCCCUAAAUUCCAGGGCGAAAAUUUCUACAAGAACAAGGCUAUAGUGGAGGGAAUCAAGAAACUCGCAACUCGAAGGGGGUGUACAAUCACUCAAAUUGCUCUCGCGUGGGUUGCUGCUCAGGGUAUGAUUGCUAUUCCAGGUACAACCAAACCAGAGCGACUUGAGGGCAACUUUGCUUCACGCAACAUUGAUUUGACGAAGGAGGAGUUGCAAGAAAUGCGGAAGAUUGUGGAUGCCGCUAAGCCACAAGGUAACAGAUAUUCUGCCGCCGCGCAGGCUAUGGUCGGACAUUAG